GUUUGGGAGUUGUUGUUGGUGAACAUUGGCGAAGUUUAUUCUUUGAGAGAGAUUUUGUCUCUCUAUUAACUCUGGUGUGUUGACAGUAAAUAAAGAUGUCAGUCCCAUCAGUUUCGUUAUCAACCAGAAACAAAAAGCAUUUCUUGGGUGUACCGGCACCUUUGGGAUACGUUGCGGGUGUUGGAAGAGGAGCUACUGGAUUCACAACCAGAUCUGAUAUUGGUCCAGCUCGAGAUGCUAAUGAUGUAUCGGAUGACAGACAUGCUCCACCUACAAAACGAACAAAAAAGAAGGAAGAAGAAGAAGAAGACGAAGAGGAUUUAAACGACUCGAAUUACGAUGAAUUUUCUGGAUAUGGAGGGUCGCUUUUUAGUAAAGAUCCAUAUGAUAAAGACGACGAAGAAGCUGAUGCCAUUUAUGAAGCUAUCGACAAGCGAAUGGAUGAAAAACGCAAAGAGUAUAGGGAAAAGAGGCUCAGAGAAGAACUAGAAAGGUAUCGUCAAGAACGUCCUAAAAUUCAACAGCAGUUUUCAGACUUGAAACGAGAAUUGGUAAAUGUAACCGAGGAAGAAUGGAAAAAUGUUCCAGAGGUAGGCGACGCUAGAAACCGGAAACAACGGAAUCCGCGGGCUGAAAAGUUCACGCCAUUGCCGGAUUCUGUGCUCGCAAGAAACUUAGGGGGUGAAACAUCCACCAGUAUUGACCCAUCGAGCGGUCUAGCAUCUAUGAUGCCCGGUGUAGCGACUCCCGGAAUGUUGACUCCUACAGGAGAUCUAGAUCUAAGGAAAAUUGGACAGGCUAGAAACACUCUAAUGAAUGUUAAGCUGAACCAAGUUUCUGAUUCCGUGGAAGGACAAACUGUUGUCGAUCCAAAGGGUUAUCUUACCGAUCUGCAAAGUAUGAUUCCGACGUACGGUGGCGAUAUCAACGACAUCAAAAAAGCUAGAUUGUUGUUGAAGUCUGUAAGAGAAACGAAUCCCAAUCAUCCACCAGCAUGGAUCGCAUCGGCCCGUUUAGAAGAAGUCACAGGGAAAGUACAAGCUGCGCGAAAUUUAAUAAUGAAAGGGUGCGAGGUGAAUCCUACGUCGGAAGACUUAUGGCUGGAAGCAGCUAGACUUCAACCACCGGAUACGGCUAAAGCGGUAAUUGCACAAUCAGUGCGACAUAUACCAACGUCUGUUCGAAUCUGGAUAAAGGCGGCCGAUUUAGAGAUGGAAACAAAAGCGAAAAGAAGGGUUUAUCGCAAAGCGUUGGAGCAUAUUCCAAACUCGGUGAGAUUAUGGAAAGCGGCAGUUGAGUUGGAGGAACCGGAAGAUGCGCGCAUUUUGCUUAGCCGAGCGGUUGAGUGUUGCCCAACCAGCGUAGAUCUAUGGCUUGCUCUCGCUAGAUUAGAGACCUACGACAAUGCAAGAAAAGUGCUUAACAAGGCAAGAGAGAACAUUCCAACCGAUAGGCAAAUCUGGACUACCGCAGCAAAAUUGGAAGAGGCAAAUGGAAAUAAACACAUGGUGGAAAAAAUCAUUGAUCGUGCGAUAUCCUCGUUGAGCGCAAACGGAGUUGAAAUCAACAGGGAACACUGGUUCAAAGAAGCUAUGGAGGCGGAGAAGGCUGGCGCAGUUCAUACGUGUCAAGUCAUCGUUAAAGCAAUCAUUGGUUUUGGCGUAGAAGAAGAAGAUAGGAAACAUACGUGGAUGGAGGAUGCGGAAGCUUGUGCCCAACAAGGAGCUUUGGAGUGUGCCAGGGCUGUCUAUGCUUAUGCAUUAUCAACGUUUCCUAGUAAAAAAUCAAUUUGGCUACGCGCUGCGUAUUUCGAGAAAACUUAUGGAACACGAGAAUCUUUGGAAUCUUUGCUCCAAAGAGCAGUUGCCCACUGUCCCAAAAGCGAAGUACUUUGGCUCAUGGGUGCAAAAUCUAAGUGGUUGGCUGGUGACGUUCCAGCUGCCAGAGGUAUUCUGUCACUCGCAUUUCAAGCAAAUCCUAAUUCGGAGGAGAUUUGGUUAGCGGCCGUAAAGCUAGAAUCCGAAAAUUCCGAAUAUGAGAGAGCUCGACGGUUACUUGCGAAAGCGAGAGCGUCUGCACCAACUCCUAGAGUGAUGAUGAAAAGCGCGAAAUUAGAAUGGGCUUUGAACAAUCUUGACGCAGCGUUACUCCUUCUGAAAGAGGCUCUGGAGGCGUUCGACGAUUUUCCUAAGUUAUGGUUAAUGAAGGGACAAAUUGAAGAACAACAAGGAAAUUUGGAUAAAGCUCUAGACACGUACAAUCAAGCUAUCAAGAAAUGUCCAACUUCGAUUCCACUGUGGCGUUUAUUGGCACAACUAGAACACAGGAAAGGCCAAGUUACCAAAGCUCGAUCGGUUUUGGAAAAAGCGCGUUUAAAAAAUCCGAGGAAUGCUGAACUCUGGUUAGAGGCUAUCAGAAACGAAUUGAAAAGUGGUGGUGUUAGGGACAUGGCUAAUACGCUCAUGGCGAAAGCGUUGCAAGAAUGUCCUACGUCGGGUUUACUUUGGGCGGAAGCAAUCUUUAUGGAACCACGGCCACAAAGGAAGACUAAAAGCGUUGAUGCUUUGAAGAAAUGCGAACACGAUCCUCACGUGCUUCUCGCGGUAUCAAAAUUGUUUUGGUGUGAACAUAAAAUUACGAAGUGUAGAGACUGGUUCAACAGAACGGUGAAAAUAGAUCCAGAUUUAGGAGAUGCAUGGGCAUAUUUCUACAAGUUUGAACUUUUAAAUGGAACAGAAGAGCAACAAGAAGACGUGAAGAAACGAUGCAUUGCCGCCGAACCUCAUCAUGGUGAAAACUGGUGUAAAGUAUCCAAGAAUAUAGUGAAUUGGUGUUUGAAUACAGAUCAGAUCCUAAUAUUGGUAGCAAAAGAUCUACCAAUUCCAAUAUAA